GAAAUAUGGAGGUGGGGAGGCGGCGAAAAAGACGGUAUGAAGGUCUUCAAAGACGGCAUCAACCAUGUUUACCGUCUGUCGUCAUUGGGGAACUUGAAAUGGCAACGCUAACGGCGCUAACCCGGCGGCAGAGACUACCGCGUGGAGACGCUCUGACAGAGGGAACAUCUUGUCUCUUGUUCAUGAAUAAUUGACUUAGCAAAGAUUUCAACCUAAAUGACAAAUCACAGAAUCAAAGAAUGUGUAACUGUUGUUAAAACGUCCUGUUCUAAAGGACUCACCAGGGGAGAGAGGUCUUAGUCUAUUUUACAGUGUCGCAGUACAUGUUGGCACUCGUGUUGAACCUCAGCACCCCCGGUGCUGGCAGCACUCGUGCAGCCCUGCACCUGCAAGACACAAUUAUUUGUUAUGUCCAAGUUUUUUUAUGCUUCUAAGUACAAAAAUAUUUAAUUUAUUAUCACUGAAUUUUAUAAAACAGAAAUUCAUUUAUCACAGUCAAGUCUGAACUGCUGACCUCUCAAUGCAGAGGAGCAGUGAGUUUUUUCACCUGGAUGAUAGUCAUUCUUAUUUCUAAGGGAAAGCUUAGCCAACCUCGGGAGAAAAGUCAUUUUGACCCACCAUCUUGUACUCAGUAUUCAUGACGAUAGGUUAUUAAUUUGUUUAUUUAAAAAAAAAAAACAGUAAAGUUAAAAAGUGUCAGUAUCGGCGAUGCUGGCCCUGGAUUUCCCUGGUGGUGGAUCCACAUUAAAAUUUUUCAGUCUGACUUUUUUAAUCCCUUCUAUGAAAACAUUUACCAGUAAAAAAAAAAAAAAAAAAACUGAAAUCCUGCUCCGACACCAUAAACCCUCCCACUUGACAUCACACAAAAGGACGCACUCCCAGGCAGCAAAGUCUCCUCCACUCUCUACUGCAAGAGAAGACACACAUUUCAGGCGUUUCAUCAUGGCUGCAAGAGGAGGUUUUUCUCUCCUUAUUGUUUCCUGCUCAGCCUUGGUGUUGAUCAAGUCCUGCAACGCUCAGCCGGAAUGGAUGAACUCGGACACGAUGCAUCCUCACAAAGGAAAAGCAGCACUGGAUUCCUUCGAUUCGUACCCACCAGAAACGAUGUGCGCCACGUUCCGCUCGGCCAACUUCACAUCCAAGCUGAAGAAGAGCAACAUGGCGCCCAGCUCGGCCAGGAAGCUGCUGCAAAAAAUGAAAGCGUGCUACGCCGGAACGCAGGAGUUUGUGGAAGACGUGCAACAGCUCGGAUCAUUGGCUUGUUACUUUAACGACACUUCCGCCUUGACCCCUGAACUCAAUCAGCAAGUUCUGGCCCUGUUUGCUCAAUGCUACAACCCGUUGGCCACGGUGCAAAAGACGCUCGUUCUCAAGAAUGUGUUUUCAAACACCAACUGGACCACGUCUGAUGUGCUGCGCGUGCUCGGCGUCACCGUUAGCUUGCUGUCGCCCAUACCGCUGGAUAACAUCUCUAGCACCGAUCUCCAAGAGGCGCUGACAAACCUGACGUCGUCUGACGUCCAGUUGACGACCAGGCAGCAGCGCAGCGUCGUCACCAAAGUACUGGGUGAUGAGAAGUGUCCAGAGGUUUCCAGUCAGCAGCUGCUCCAGCUGGCUCCGGUGGUAAAAGGAGUUCCACGCCAUGUUCUGCAGAGUACGAAAGCUUGGGAGUCGCUGGCAGACGUGGAGGUUCUGAGGAACAUCUCCAUGGGGAUGAGCAGGGGUCAGCGAAAGGCCGUGCUGCUAGAGCUGCUGAAGAAGAGGAGCGCUUCGGAGCUGGUGCGCCAGCUGCCGGGGUCUUUGCUGCGCAGCAUGUCUGUGGAGAACCUGGAUGAAGCGGACAUCACCUCCUUCCAGGAAGUGAGGGGGGAACGCCUGAGUCGCCCACAGGCUGCUUUUCUGGCUAAAAAGCUUUUCAAGGGAAACGAGUCGCUCUUCUGGAGGACGUCCCUCCUUCAGGGCGUUACCUGCCAGAUGAUUGACAAAGUUGCUGACACAACCCUGCAAGACAUGGCUCAGGCCGUAGAGAAGACGCCAUGGUGGCUCUCCCAAGCACAGGUUGGAUGUGCAGCCAGGAAAUACUUGGCAACAUUGAGGAAAGAGCAUCCGGACUACUUCCAGGUCAUCACGGAGGAGCAGCUGAACAGCAUCCCGACGAGUCUAUUCAUCCACCUGCCGCCUCGGGAAUUGAACCAUCUGCCUGACUCAGUUUGCCAAGCCUUUCUGGACAAAAUGCAAACAGCCGACCUCAGCUCACUGCCUCGGCGAUCUCCGUCUCGACCGGCUCUGCUCCAGAAAGCACUGCUCUGCCUGACCAAGGAGAACACGUCAUCGCUACUGACCAUGGACGAUGUUUCCCGACUCGGACCGCUUAUAUGCGAGCUGGAAGCCUCCACGCUUUCCAGCCUCGUAGACGCCGACAGCCUCAACUCCAGCCUCCACGCCAUGGCCGCCUGCCCACAGCUUCCUCUGUGGAACAGCGAGGCCCUGAUGGAGCUCGUCACAGACAACUUUGGGGAUCCAUCUGAUUGGUCACAGGAGACGAUGGAGUCUUUGGGUCCACUCUUGGUUUUGAACGAGACCACUCUGCUGGCGCUGCCCUUCAAGCCGUGGAUCACGGAGGUCUUCUACUUCCUGAGGACGAGACACCAAGCAGAAGCUCUGAGGAGGAAAUUCUUCAACAUCAUCACAUCCAAACGGGAGCAGGGACGCCGAAGGAGAACAGCCAACGCUGGGACUCGCCGUUGGAGCGGGAACAAACCAACGGUGGCGGCCAUAGCGGCGCUGGGAAAGGACAACGUGUUCUGGUCGGCCGAUCAGCUGGACGCGAUGCCGUCAGACACUUUCCUUGUUGCCAUGGAAACACUCGGCACCAUCCCUGACUACGACUCGGAGCAGCUGCGUGUGCUCAGCAAAAAGGCAACGGAGGUCCUGGGUCCAGCGUCCCAGAUGAACGAGAGCGUUGUGGCACAGAUGGGAUGCAUCGCUCAGGGAUUCUCCAAUUCCGACCUGGAGAGGAUGGCCUUCUCCUUGGACACGCUGGAGGAAAUCGGACGCUGCGGCUGGAAGACGACACAGCUGAAUCCGGUUUGGCGAAGCGUGGCUAAACGCAACAAUCUGGCGGCUCGGCGGCUGGACGCGUCACACAUGGUGGCUCUGAACCGGUUCAUGUGCGGCCUGAGCGCCGACGAGAUCUCCCGGCUGGAUCUCCGUGCUUUCAGGGACGCCGUCGGCGGCAUCAACGACAUCCGCUGCUCUCUCAAAGUCGCCCAACGGUUUAAAAAGCCGCUCGUGUCCGCCUUUGGAGACCCCGGCAGCUGGACGGCGGCGACCGUCUCCGAAGUGGGCAACAUGAUCGGUAGGAAGUCCCGCCCACCUUUGUCUUGUGAUGUUUACAUUCUUAGGAACGGCUCGGGUUGUCCCUCAGCUGGCUUGCACGCACGCGACCUCAAAUCCAUGGACGCAUCCGUCUUCAUGUUUCUUCGUGAGAGCUGCGUUCCGCUCCUUCAUCCGACUACGAUAGCCGGACUCUCUGCCGACCAGCUGAGCGCCCUCGGCCCCGACAACGCAGCCAAGGUCACGCGCGGACAGCGAGCCGCUCUUUCACGUGUGCAACUGGACGCCCUGGAGAGGGCCGAGAUGGGGGAAGGUCCAAAUCCUGCAAGUCAGGAGCUCCGUCAUUGACCACCGAGGGGACGUCGGUCCUUGGCAAGCUUCUGGUUCUCCUGGUUGGCUUCCUGCUGCUGUGACGACCUGCAGACAUCACUGAGAGACUGGCUACAUUUCUUAAAAGAUCAAAUAUAACUGAAUGUUCUGAACUCCUGUUUCCAUGCCACCAGCUGGACUUGUGCCACAGCAAGAGUCAGCAGCACUUGAAUAGCGCCUCUGCUGGUUGCAGCCAAGCAGUGCACUUCAAAACACCUGAAAGAAUGAUUUUCUUUAUCUGAACGUUGGCGCCAUCUAGCGUUGGAACACGGAAUCUCACUUACUGUUAAUAAACACCACAAAUUAAUUGCAUGACAAUCUAUCACUUUAUUUUUUUUUUUGUUCGAACACCAUCAACACCUUGCUAAAUUUUUGAUUGAUCUCCUGAGAAGAUAACCACAAGCGCACAUAAAUCACUCAAUAAUAAUAAUAAUAAUAAUAAUAAUAAUAAUAA